GGAAUUUUAUACGGAGUAUUUCUUUUAGUGACUAUAUUUACUUUUGUUGUGAAUACAAAAGAUGGAAAUUUUACAACCAAAUCAGCUUAUCAAGCACUCUGGCCGCAGGGGAAAGACAUAUGGUAAACAAACAGAUUUGGCACUCUAAGCAAGUCCCUAAAAUUAGGGUUUUCCUAUGGAGAUUAUGGAAUAAGAGUCUACCAUUUCCUGAGCAGAAAGCUACUUUCUUGGCUGCUUUCCCUUCCAGAUGUCCCCUGUGUAAAGCAGAUUGUGCUACGGAGGAUCAUGUUCUGCUUCUUUGUCCGUUAGCUAACUCCAUAUGGUCUUUCUUUGGGAGUUCGUUGAUUGAGGGAGGAAAGAAAGUUAGCAAAAUCAAAAAUGAAAUUGUGAAAUGGUGGAUAAGCUUUUCAGGUAAAUCCAUGACAACAACAUAUUUUUUGAUUUUGCCAGGGGUUAUUGUUUGGCAUAUUUGGAAGGCUUUUUGGGAUGCAAAUUGGAAUGAUAUUGUAAUAGAGAAGGACGUGCUUAUUCGGCAAAUCUGUACAUACAUGCUCAAUUGGUGUUAUGCAAAUGAACAUUUGAGGGAUCAUGAAAGACUGAAAGAGAUAGGUUUCUUACCUAGCAAUUUUGGGAUUAAAAAGCCUCGAAUCUUAAAUUGGAGAAAACCAAAGCAUCUUCAUGUGAAAUUGAAUUGGGCGGUGUUCAGGCAAAACGGGAAGUCUUCUGCUGGUUUUCUGCUGCGUGAUCAUGACGGAGCUGUGGUUGCAGCGAAAGGAUUUCCGCUAAGUGGAUCGACGGAGGAGGAAGAUGCUUUACGCAUGGCAGUGGAAUGGAUUGUUUCGUUUGGUUUGCCUUUUUUGGAAAUCGAAGUCUCUAGUAGCAGACUGGUGGAGUGUUGUAAUACCCGAGAUUAAUUUAAGAGGAUUAAUAGUACUACUCAUACAAACAGAGGUGCAUCUCCUUUUAAGGGAGCUCAUCACCCAAGAACUACAAAGUUAAGCGUGCUUGCACGGGAGUAGUCUUGGGAUGGGUGACCCCUUGGGAAGUUUCUCAGGGCGAGCAUGAGUGAGGAUAAAGUGCGCGGUAAAGGCUCAUGGUGGUUUGUGGGGACAGUACUAGAGGUCUAGAGUAACUACCUCGGGUCCGUGUGGGCCCCCAAGGUGUUACAGGUGGUAUCAGAGCAACCCUGCGACAGUGUGUUGACCCGUUGGAUAUCGGGCAGGGCACUUAGCAGGGCAAGAUUCUGGGGUUCGAUUGAGAUUGUUAAGGGCGCAACGAGGAAGUUGCAAUCCUAAGUGGGGGUAAUUGUAAUACCCAAGAUUAAAUUAAGAGGAUUAAACGCAUACCAACAGAGGUGCAUCUCCUUUUAAGGGAGCUAAUCACCCAAGAACUACAAAGUUCAGCGUGCUUGCACGAGAGUAGUCUUGGGAUGGGUGACCCCCUGGGAAGUUUCUCAGGGCACGCAUGAGUGAGGACAAAGUGUGCGGUAAAGGCUCGUGGUGGUUUGUGGGGACAGUACUAGAGGUUUAGAGUAACUACAUUGGGUCCGUGUGGGGCCCCGAGGUGUUACAAGUGUGGUCGGUCUCAGGUGGAUAAGGAGAUUGGGCGGGGGGGUUUGAGGCCUGUUUGGAUAAUUGCUCCGGAUCAGACCAAUAAGGCUGCCAAAGUGGUGGCUAAAUUGGGCCAACACUUUAUUUGCUCUUGGAGGAAAGGAGAUGAUCUUCCUAGGGAGUUGUGGGGUGCUAUUAUUUUGGAUAGGGAUUCUUUCCCUUAUCUUGUGGUGUAGUUUUUUAUUUUCUUAUUUGCUUUUGCCUCUUUUUGAGGCUUCUUUGGGUUAUGGGUAAGAUUUUAUGCCCCCCUGUGCAUCUUAUUUCUGUUGCUUUUAUAAUAUCCGGCAAGUGUUCCCCGACACUUAUCCCACUGAUUUUUGUGGUUUGCUCAUCGGGUUAAAAACAAUACUUUUGUUGUGAUUGUGAUCCCUUUUUAGGGUUA